AUGGUGAGCCUCGAGCCAUCAGGCAGCCAUGGCAGACACCGCUUCCACCCGAGUUCCUGGAACCCAAGGCAGUCCUCCCCUACCUUCUCCCGCAAGGCUCUUCUUGGAGGGAGUGACAACAAUGUGAUGCCCUACGGAGGUGUUGGUGUUCCAGUGCCCACUUCGGACUGUGUGAUGAGUUGGGAGGAGUUCCUUGCUAACGUUCCCGGUAAGACUUGGAAUGUAAUCUACGGUAUAAUCGGGGACAGUGACCUUUUCGCAGACAAAGCAAAGCUUCAGUGGACCGUUACGCCCGCUGGACGAGUCAACAGGGCAGCGAGCUUCUGGUCUGAUGACACGAACUGUACCAACAUCAACGGAGACUUUGAGCGGAAAGACCAGACAACUGCCACUUGGUCACCUGUUAUGACAGGGGGAGGCCUCCUUACGGCAAACCGACAGGACUGGUUGAUCAGUAGCCCUCCUUGGAAAAACCUCAUCUUCUGCAUCUGCUACGACACGACCAAGAUUGUUGGAAACAAGUGCCCACAAGUUGAGGUCCUGUUGGCAGUGUUGGACAAGAGACCAGCUGACAUGAACAUGCACGGUAUUCCUGAUGGAGACUUUGAUUUCACCAACACCGACUGGACGGCCAUUGAAAAAGUCGAUGAGCUCCAUCGGAGAGCGAACGGAACAAUGCGUUAUUCACUCGUUGUGAUUCUGAGUGUGGCAUUGGUGGUGCAGGCGCCCCGCCCGAGAAACGGACACCGACACAAGGGAAAUAACUCCCGCACACACAAUGCUCGUCUUGGAGGACCGCGCAACAACAUACUGCCCAAUGGUCAAAUUGGCCUUCCAAUGCCUCAUGAGAACUGUGUGAUCACGUGGGAGCAAUUUACGAGGCAUGUUGUCGGGAAGACUUGGCUGGCUAUCUAUGGAAUCAACGGCGAUGAGGCUACAAAUCCUGGAAAAUCGUUCAAAGCAAAACUUCAGUGGACAGUCACUCCAGAGGGACGUGUGAACAGAGCUGCAAGUCUUUGGGUUGAUGAUGGUUGCAUCAAUGUCAAUGGCGAUUUCGUACGCCAGAACCCAACAAGAGCUAUAUGGGCGCCCGCAGAAGAGGGCUUUUUGCUCGCUUCUAACCGUUUGGACAUGCUGGUCAGCGAUGACCCUAGUAAGUACCUGAUCUUCUGGAUCUGCUACGACACCAGACUCUCCAUGGGUGGCAAAUGCGCCAUCGUAGAGGCAGUCAUUCUCGUUCUGGAUCAGCGUGUAGGUGACUCAAACAUGGACGGUAUUCCCGACGGUGACAUUGUCCUCACCAACACCGACUGGCGUGCGAUUGAGAGGAAUUCGAAGCGCUGCAUCGGAGAGCGGUUAGUCAGAGAUGACAUGUUGGGCUGGGAGUGGUACUGGAAGGGACCAGAAUGCCCGUUCGUGAAGGAGUAGAACGCUGCUGUUUAAAACUGCAUGAUUUAUUCAAAUGAAACCUUUUUCAAUGUUAACAAACAAUAUAUCGAAAUAAAAUCAGUCACACUU